UUGAUGGAGGACAUCCUGUGUGGUGCAGGCGGGGGUUAUGUACCGUUUAUCUAAACCAAGCCGGUGUUUACGACGAUGGGACCUCAAACAGGAAGUGCAGCUGCCUGAGGUAAUCAUGAGUCCUCCACGCCGAUCAUCAAGUUCCCAUAGCGACAGGCCCUCCUCUGAGACCGUGCAGAAGAACAACAGCAGCAACUCUGGUGUUAUUCUGGACAUCUCGUCUCUCAAGAUGGCCGACGUGGAUUCGGAGGUGCCGCCCCUUCCUCCUCGCUACCGCUUCAGAGACCUGCUGCUGGGAGACCAAACAUUUCAGAAUGAAGACAGGUAUCAGGAGGAGUACAGUAUGGACUCAACCAAUGCCCAGGUGCAGGUAGAGUUCUAUGUGAAUGAAAACACCUUCAAGGAGAGGCUGAAGCUUUUCUUCAUCAAAAACCAAAGGUCAAGCUUAAGAAUUCGUUUGUUCAACUUCGCACUGAAGGUUCUCACCUGUGUCCUCUACAUAGUCCGAGUCAGCCUGGAUGGUCCCACAGAGGGCAACAGUAACCCAUGUGGAAUACGUCGCAACAACAGUUCACUAAAUACCACAGAGUCAGAAAUCAACUGGACCCGUAUUUUCUGGGUGACUCGAUGUGAGUCUGUAUGGGCAGUGCAGGUGACAGUGGCCUUAAUCAGUUUCUUGGAGACUAUGCUCAUCACAUAUCUCAGCUACAAGGGGAACAUUUGGGAGCAGAUCUUCCAGGUGUCCUUCAUACUCGAGAUGAUCAACACUGUACCAUUUAUAGUCACAAUCUUCUGGUGUCCAUUAAGAAACAUUUUUGUUCCUGUGUUUCUUAACUGCUGGUUAGCCAAAGGUGCUCUGGAGAACAUGAUUAAUGAUUUCCAUCGUGCCAUCCAGAGGACCCACUCUGCCAUGUUCAACCAAGUGUUCAUCCUCAUCUGCACCUUACUGUGUCUGGUUUUCACCGGAGCUUGUGGGAUUCAGCAUCUAGAGAGAGCCGGGAGUAACUUGUCCUUGUUUGACUCGUUUUAUUUCUGCAUCGUCACUUUCUCCACCGUGGGCUACGGUGACGUCACCCCUAAGAUCUGGCCCUCCCAGCUCCUGGUGGUCAUUCUCAUCUGCGUUGCUCUCGUAGUCCUCCCUCUGCAGUUUGAAGAGCUAGCGUACCUGUGGAUGGAGAGCCAGAAGCUGGGAGGGAACUACAGCCGCCACCGGGCUCAGACUGAGAAACACGUGGUGUUGUGCGUCAGCUCGCUCAAGAUCGACCUGCUGAUGGACUUCCUCAACGAGUUCUACGCUCAUCCGAGACUGCAGGACUAUUAUGUGGUGAUCCUGUGUCCAACAGAAAUAGACAUUCAGGUUCGUCGUAUCCUCCAGAUCCCACUGUGGUCUCAGAGGGUCAUCUACCUGCAGGGGUCCGCCCUCAAAGACCAGGACCUGAUGAGAGCCAAGAUGGACGAUGCCGAGGCGUGCUUCAUCCUGAGCAGCAGGAACGAAGUGGACCGAACUGCUGCUGACCACCAGACCAUUCUGAGGGCGUGGGCCGCGAAGGACUUCGCUCCAAACUGCCCGCUCUACGUCCAGAUCCUCAAACCGGAAAAUAAAUUUCACGUAAAGUUUGCCGAUCAUGUCGUGUGUGAGGAGGAGUUCAAGUACGCGAUGUUGGCUCUGAACUGCGUGUGUCCCGCCACGUCCACUUUAGUGACUCUGCUGGUCCACACCUCCAGAGGACAGGAAGGGCAGCUGUCACCAGAGCAGUGGCAGAAGAUGUACGGGCGCUGCUCUGGAAAUGAGGUCUACCACAUCCGUUUAUGUGACAGCAAGUUUUUUGGGGAGUAUGACGGAAAGAGCUUCACUUACGCCUCCUUCCACGCCCACAAGAAGUAUGGAGUGUGUCUGAUUGGCGUGAAGAGCGAGGACAACAAGAGCAUCCUCCUGAACCCCGGGCCGCGCCACAUCAUGGCCGCUAACGACACCUGCUACUACAUCAACAUCACCAAGGAGGAAAACUCAGCCUUCAUCUUCAAAGAGGAGGAGAAACACAGCAAGGGUCUGCCUGUGACCGGCCUCUACGACGCCCCCUCCAGGCUGCCGGUGCACAGCAUCAUCGCCAGCAUGGUUGAUCAGGCCACUUCAUUUGGCACCGUAGCUAUAGACCUGCAGCACUCCGACCCUCCUGAGGAAAGUGGAAAACUGACCUUACCCACGGAGAACGGCGCCGGGAGCCGCAGGCCGAGCAUCGCGCCCGUCCUGGAAAUCGCUGACUCCUCCGCCAUUUUGCCCUGCGACCUCCUCAGCGACCAAUCAGAGGACGAGACCAACCAGUCCGACGAGGAAGGCUCCGUGGGGUCCGAUUUUGUGAAGGGCUACCCUCCAAACUCGCCCUACAUUGGCAGCUCCCCAACUCUUUGCCACCUCCUCCCGCAGAAAGCUCCGUUCUGCUGCCUUCGCCUGGACAAGGGCUGCACACACAACAGCUUUGAGGACGCUAAAGCGUACGGCUUCAAAAAUAAGCUGAUUAUCGUGUCUGCAGAGACGGCAGGAAAUGGCCUCUACAACUUCAUAGUCCCUCUGCGAGCUUAUUAUCGUCCCAGAAAGGAGCUCAACCCCAUAGUGCUGCUACUGGACUACCCACCAGACAACCACUUUUUAGAGGCCAUUUGCUGCUUUCCUAUGGUUUACUUCAUGGCUGGAACCAUUGAUAACUUGGACAACCUGCUCCAGUGUGGUAUCAUCUACGCUGACAACCUGGUGGUUGUGGACAAGGAGAGCACCAUGAGUGCUGAGGAAGACUACAUGGCAGACGCCAAAACCAUCGUCAACGUCCAGACCAUGUUCAGAUUAUUCCCCAGCCUCAGCAUCAUCACGGAGCUCACGCACCCGUCCAACAUGAGGUUCAUGCAGUUCAGAGCCAAGGACUGCUACUCUCUGGCUCUGUCCAAACUGGAGAAGAUAGAGCGAGAUAAGGGCUCCAACCUGGCCUUCAUGUUCCGGCUGCCGUUUGCUGCCGGCAGGGUGUUCAGCAUCAGCAUGCUCGACACGCUGCUUUACCAGACGAGAUGAACGACCAUCAGAACACGCUGUCCUACGUCCUCAUCAAUCCUCCUCCGGACACCAUGCUGGAGCUCAACGACAUCGUGUACAUUAUCCGCUCUGACCCACUGGCACAUAUGCCAGAGGACUCACAGAUGGGACAGGCUCGCAACACCAGGAACCAGCAGGACUUUGGUACAGAGACAAAGGAUGAGACCCACCUUUGAAACGAUCUGUCCUCGACGCCAUGACUCUUAACCUCAAAGCCCCUACAGGGCCGACGGGAAUCGUGUUUCACACAAACAAAGGCUUCGAUGAGCCAAUGAACAGCUGUUCACAGUGAAUGUGCUUUACGUGUCUCUCAACCUCAGACCGGAACCAAUCUCCAUCUUUACAGGUGGCCCUGAGAGACCUGAUGUUUUCCACGGAGCUGCUAAAGGAGGAUGCAUGAAGAGUGCCUAGUCAUUGACCACGACGACUCGCAAAACACCCGCCAUAGUAACACGUAGUCCUCGUAAAACUGAGAACCUGAAAUCCUCUUCCUCUACCCCACAGACAGGGUAAAAACAAAAAAAACAUUCUCUGCAAAUUCCUGAAACUAUUGCAUCAUAGAACUCCACGUUUCAUGCCACGACUCAGGCAGACUCUUUUCGCCUGUUUCUGCCUACACUUAAAAAAUACCUGGAACUUGGGGUAACUAGAACCUAAACGAAUCCUACACAUCUUACAAUUACAAUGUUUUUUAAACUCACUUAAAUGUUUUUAAUUUUUACCUUGUGAAGAAUUUAGCAGGAACUUGCACUUUUUUAUUUAUUACAUGCUCUAAUUUAUUCUGUCAGACUUAUCAAACAGGACCGGGAUUUAUUUUGUGAACAAGCACAAACCUUUCCUUUCCCCCCCCAGUGAUUGCACACCUUGUAGUGGCACCUUUUAUUAGCCAAGUCAGCAUUUUUCCCCCUCUUCGGUUGUGCUCAUUGGAAACUGAAUAUUGUUAAAAUAUUUCACUGUCAGAACUCUUGUCUGCUCCACAGUACGUGCCAUUUUGUGUACCCUUUUAAUUUGUAAAUAUUGUUGUAGUAUUUAUUCAUGAUUUGCCAUGAUGCGUCUGUUUUUGUGGAACCGAUGUUUUCCAUUUCAGAACCUGACUGAAACAAAUGCUGCUGCAGCAAAAAGAAACUGUUACAUGAAAGUUUGUAUGAAGAAUUCAUUUUUAAAGUUUGUUUUAGCGUUCAGAAGCAGCUGUGUGUUGCAUUACACUAUUGAUCAUAUGGCUCAUUUUGAGUUUUUAGAAGCUGCUUUUGUCUGACAUUUGAGCUAYUUUUGUUUGAGACAAAAAAAUGUAUUUAUUUGUUUUCCACCUGUAAAACAUCACUGGAUARUUAAUUAGUAUGGUUGAGGAAGCUAUUUUGAAAAUUUACUAAAUUGAAAGUAAGACUUGAGUUUAGAAAAAAAUCUGAAAUUUUUGCAUUCGUGAGAUUAGUUUAGCUUAGCUUAGCAUGUUGUUACWGGAAGCUCAAAGUGGCUAAAAGCUAAACUUUAUAUUUCUGAUUUUUACUGAAUUCAUUGUUUUUUCCCCCAUAAUUUCUUGUUAAAAGAUGUUUUUUUAGAACAACCUAAAUCUGUUUUGCAUUGUUACAUUGCAGUGUUUCUGCUAAGCUAAGCUAAGCUAAGCUAAAUGUAGCUUCAUGCCUACUUUUAAAAGGUGGAUGUAACCACUGUAGCAUCAUACUGGUUCAUAAACUGCCAUUUUAAGACUGAGAUUAUCUUUUUUUAAUCUUGACCCUUUUGGAUACUAAAAAAUUUAAGAAAAAUCUUUUAGACUAAAUAUUUAUUUGAUAGAUAGUUAGCAUGUUCAGCUUCUAUUAACCUCGCUAAAAGAUUCUAUGUGACUGGAAAAUAAAUAUCUUAAUCUCACAGAAUAUCAAUGUGAAUGAAAAUUUUUAGUAUUUUUACCAGAUUAGUGAAUAAUUUGAAUAGGAGUCUACAGGAGGCCAACAUGUUGCACUUUAACUUAGGCAGAUCCUGUGGUUACAUCCAUCAUGAAGGCAGCCAUUUUUAACAUGUAAUACUCAACAUAUCACUGUUAUUUUUGACAGGUUCAUAUCAACUGUUUUAAUUCUGACAUCUUAAGUGAUAAUUGUAAUAAUCUGCAUCAGUUAAUGCAGUUUUGUUCCACUUCGCUGGUUUUAUCUUUGAGUUUUCUCGUUUGAAAGAGAACUAGCAGGAUGUUUUGCACAGAAUCAAGUCUUAUUGUUCGUGAUGCAUUUCCAAUUUUAUCUUGGAAAGAAGGUAUUUUGUGUUGCUGCAGGCCUUUUAUUAGAGGAAUGCAACAGUGUCAGUGUUUUUGAAUAAGUGCAUUUUCAUCCGUCUCUUAGGUUUACUCACUGUAAAUAAGAACUUUAUACGGUUCUUGUCAUGAGAAAUGAAGAGAACUUGAACUAUUUUUGCACUAAGCUCUGUGGCGAUGUGUAUACAGCAUGACCCUUUAAUCUAAAUUUGUAGAACGMUGACAGUAUUCAGUCCAUUCAUACAUAUAAAACAGUCAACUCACAGGAACUCAUCAUGAGUCACCCUGCAGGUUUUGGCAGAAUUUUUUUUUUUCCAGCGAGGCAUUUCUCUUUUUCAUCUCAAAUAAUCCCAAAGCAAUGGAAGAUGGACUGUUUUGUUUUUGAUACGUGGGGGGUUUACAGAAUCACACUAGAUCUUUGCCUAACUGUUCCUUAAACAUGUCAGUUUUCAGGACAAAGGAGCCGAGCAGAGAAAACCUGCAAUGAAGGAUAAAUUCAUCCACUCAUCUUCUAAAGUCCUCACUAAAGUCUGAUAUCCAGACUUAAAAAAAAAAAAAAAAACUAAACAAAAGAAGGGCAUGUUGUCUCUUAAAAGCAUGUUUUGAUAAAAAAGCUUGCCAAGAAGGAAACUUUUCAAACAGUUAGCAGGACAUUGCUCAACAAAAACCCCUAACUGAGUCAGCUGCUUGCAACUUGGAGCCAUUAUUUGAUACUUAUAUGAAUGGAACAUGCAUGUUACCAAGAAGCCAAUGUACUGUGUUUACCUUCACUUUGUUUUUUUUAUUUUGAGUCUUCGUCUGCAAGAGGUCAAUCCAUUUUGUACUAUUUCUAUCGAGAAAUGUUCUUCUGCACAAAGAUAUGAACAAAUAAAUGCUGCAUGCAGCCACA